CCUGCUGCCAUUGACUAAAACCGAGAGGAGGCAUCCUGCGGGGAAAAAGCAUCAAACAGCUUUUACGCGUUUGUGUCCAUUCAGACGGUUAUUUCUUAUAUCUGACGGGUUUCUUUUUUUAUUUUUAAUACAUGAAGGCUCAGUGACCAUGAGCAGCAGCAUGGUCACAGUCUAAUGUCCGUGGACGCGUGUAGGAUCAUUUAUGAUUUACCGAGAUGAUAUGAAUGUCAAUCGGUCAAGGUCCGCGCUCCCAAUGCAACAGCCACGGCUGGAUCAUCUAGCGUCUGCUGGGAAACAUCUGCCGCAAGCAUUUGGAUGAAUUUCUUUUCUAUAUAUUUGUGUUAUUAAUAUAUGCUGGUAAGAGGCUUGAGAUUGUCUGUGUGUGAGAAAGCAGCGUGGGACUGUGGGAAUGACAUGAUGCAGUAAAGACGGGAAACUGGAAAUAAUAAUGGAUCAGAAAACAAUGAUGAUGUGACUGCGACACUUUAAAAAGAAAAUGCUGGUGCAGAAAUCUUUCUUAUUACUGAUAUAACAGCUGAUAUAAACCCAAAGAAGGACCGAGGACACCAUGUCGGCGGUGAUGAUAACACGGAAGGUGCGAAAAUGGGAGAAGCUCCCGGGGAAAAACACUUUCUGCUGCGACGGCCGGGUGAUGAUGGCCCGGCAGAAGGGAGUCUUCUACUUGACUCUGUUCCUCAUCAUCGGGACCUGCUCUCUCUUCUUCGCCUUCGAAUGUCCAUACCUGGCUGUCCAUCUAUCUCCUGCCAUCCCAGUUUUUGCCGCCCUGCUCUUCCUCUUUGUCAUCGCCAUGUUGCUGAGGACCAGCUUCAGUGACCCUGGAGUGCUGCCACGGGCUCUUCCAGAAGAAGCCACGUUCAUCGAGAUGGAAAUCGAGGCUGCCAAUGGGAACGUCCCCGCAGGCCAGCGCCCUCCACCUCGCAUCCGCAACGUUCAGAUCAACAACCAGAUCGUCAAGCUCAAGUACUGCUACACCUGCAAGAUCUUCCGACCACCUCGAGCAUCUCACUGCAGCAUCUGUGACAACUGCGUCGACCGUUUUGAUCACCACUGUCCAUGGGUAGGCAACUGUGUGGGCAAGAGGAACUACCGAUACUUCUACAUGUUCACCCUGUCGCUCUCCCUGCUCACCAUUUAUAUCUUCACCUUCAACAUCGUCCACGUGGUCAUGCGUUCAGUGGAUAAUGGCUUUUUGAACACUUUGAAGGAAACACCUGGAACUGUGCUGGAGGUGUUGGUGUGUUUCUUCACCCUGUGGUCGGUGGUGGGACUGACGGGCUUCCACACCUAUCUGAUCUCUCUCAACCAGACCACCAAUGAGGACAUUAAAGGAUCCUGGUCGGGGAAGAACAGAGUGCAGAACCCAUACAGCCACAAGAACAUCAUCAAAAACUGCUGCGAGGUGCUCUGCGGGCCGACGUACCCGAGCGUCUUGGACAGAAGAGGAGUGAUGCAGGAAGACUCUGCUGUUUCUGCUACGUCUGCUGCACCCUCCUCCUCCAGCAGUAGCAACCCAGUGUCACAAACCACAAAAACCACGGCUCCACUCAUCCCUAAUGAGCACACACCUGAUGAUGCCAAGCCGAGCAUUGCGGUCUCAGCAGAAAAGAGCGCCUCCCCCAAAGAGGAGCUCCCUCCUGCUUCAAAGGUCCCGCCCCUGGCUUCUCCCGAGACUGAUGCAGAAGCAUCCAUCGCCAAGGACAAGGGCCAUUAGCUGCAUGAGGGGGCGGCUCUCGUCGUAGCCACUCCCCCGACAUCCUGCCCAGUCAGGAACUGAAACAUUAAUAAUCAACUUGUGAUUACUGUGCGGGUGACUCAGUUAUUCUCCGACUGCCGCCCUACAUUCCACCAGAAGAGAAGAGUUUCUGCGGCAGCUCCUCCUCUUCCCUCCUCUCCUCACCAGUAGCUGCAGAGCUGUUUGAUUGACACUUGCUCCUGCAGGAGGCGGAUGGGGUGAUUUAAUGGAAAGUCAGCAGCUUUUCUGUCUCCUGAACACUGCAUGGAAAAGACACGCAGGGGGAGAAGCUGCUGGAAGAACUGCAGAGGAAAACAAAACUCUCCAAGCAUAUGACAUCCCCGCAGGUCACCUGUGGGUCACUCUAAUUGUCAAUACUACUUUUAUUCUUUAUUUAAAAUUGCAUAAUGACAUUUAUUGUGAGAGGCCAGUUCAAAUAUACUCCUUGCAAGUGUCUGGCAAAGACGAUAUUACUUCUGGACAUGUAUAAAACUUCAUACAUACGGUCAGUUCUCUGUUGUGUGCACAUUACAUGCCCUAUGCAAACCAUGAGACGGCUGGACAAGCAGCUUUGUGAUGAUGAGAGUUAACACCUGUCAGUCAGUGAGUACACAUGAUGUCCAGGCAGGAGGAGGACAUGCAAAUCUUUAGCUGAGAUAUCCUAAAGGCUCCUUCCAGGCAAGUGAAAAUCUACCUUGUAUUCUGAUAUUGCUGCAUUCAGUACUGUUGUUACUUACGUGCAUCUUUUGUUUUUCUAAAGUGAUCCAGACCAAUGCCUGUCCUUCCAUUUUUAUAUAAUCAAGGAUGUAGUGUGACGUCGGUGCUCUGAAAUAGAUGAAAUUGCUUGGUGAGUCUUGUAUCCAGGAGACGCUCAGCCCAGUCCCAGUAUGUGUGUGAGAGAGACGACCUGACUUCUGAUGAUAGUAGACACUAGUAGUAACAGUGCCUUAUCAUGUAAUAGUUGCACUUUCAGAUGCAACUGAGGUCGACCAACAGAGGAGCCCUUGAUCCGUUCUAACCACUGACACAGUGUUCAAUGAGAAAUGACGACUUUUAUCAGUCUGGUGGUUCCCAGCCUGUAGGUUUGGACCCCCACAAAUAGUUUCAAGAUCAUCUAAGGCAGUGGUUCACAACUGAUCCAGCCACAGUGUCCAGAUUUCUUUUCUCUCCUUCGUCAUUAGUUCAAUGUCCACACAGUCUAAAAUAUUCAGCGCCAUCCUUGCAUAUGGCCAUGUCAUUGAGCUAGUUUGCUAUCUCUGUUAAGUGGCUGCUGUCGGUUAGUCACCCACUCUACAGCAGAGAACAGCACUUCAAAAUAAAAGCUCUGUGCUGGAAAUUUACUGCACUUAAAAGUAAAGUGUGUUUUUUUUUAACAAAACUGACAUGUUUGCAAGUCACUUGCGGUCCAUUCAGAAUGGACCAUGACCCGCCAGUUGAGAACCACUGAUCUAAGGGGUCAUGAGAUAAUUAAAGAAAUAGUUUGAAAUUUUGGGAAAUAGGAUAUUCACUUUCCUGCAGAGAGUUAGAUGAGAUGAUCGCCACCACUCUCAUGUAUGUGUAAUGAAUAUGAAGCUACAGCCAGUAGCUUGUUAGCUUAGCUUAGCAUAAAGACUGGAAACAAGGGGAAACAGUGAGCCUGGCUCUAUCCAAAACUCAAAAAUACACUUACCAGCACCUCUAAAGCUAUCUGUUGAUUUGUUUAAACUGUACAAAAACCUUUGUGUGAAAACAACAAGAAGUCAAGAAAGAGUUUCACCUGUACACAAUAAUCAAAUGCAAUACAGCAUAUUUAAUUCAUGAGUUUAAAGCUGCUUUCACACGGCCCUGACAACCACACUGACGACCGCCCUGACAACCACCUACCGAAGAAAGAGAAGUCAAGAAAGUCCCAAAAAGCAAAUUGUUUCUUUUAUAAACUAUUUAUUUGGCUUAUUAUAUAUGACAGUCUGGGUGUGAAAGGGGCAGAGAGAGGGGAUGACAUGCAGCGAAGGCCUGCAGGCUGGAAUUGAACACAUUGCCACUGCCGCAAGGACACUGCCUUUGUAAGUCGGACGCCUGCUCUACUCACUAAGCUACUGGGCGCCCUGCAAAGUGUUUUUAAAAGCGGCUGCUGUGGCCUCAGUCCAAGGCUGCGAUGAAAGGCAGAUACAUUGGUGACCAUCACUGGUAGAAGUGCAAGCUAGCUUGUAGCUGCAUACUGUAACAAGACUAAAGAAAUCACUGAAAUUACCAAAGAUUUAUAAAUGUUGGACAGCUUACCAGUCAUCUAUCUUUGGUGGAAAUGUUUCUCUUCUGGUUGUCCUUAUAGGUUGGUAGGCCUGUCUGCGUAUAGAGACAUCAACAUAAUCAGCUCCUCCAUCUUGUCUUCUUUCUGCUUCCAAUAGAUCGGCCAAAGUCAAGCAGCUAUUGCCAGAAGUUCAACAGGGUGCUGGCAGGCUGAAUUUUUAUUAUUAUUUGUUUAAUCUUUGGACCAAGCCAGGCUACCUGUUUCCCCCUGUCUCCAGUCUUCUUUAGGCUAAGCUGAGCUAACCAGCUGCUGACUGUGGCGUCAUCUUUAGUGUACAGACAAGAAAGGGGUAUAUAUCUUCUCAUCUUACUCUCUGCCUGAAGGCAAAUAAAAAGUGAACCAUCCCAGUGGUCCUUGUUUUGCUUUUAACAAGAGAGAAAAGAAACAUGCUACAAAUCUGUGCUUUUUUUCCUUAUGAAAUCCUGUGAAUUUUUCUUUGGAAAUUCUUGAAAAUCCAAUCUGAGAAGGAAAUUGUACUUGUUGUUUGAACUGGUGACAGCUGGUUUUAAUGAGUCACCGCUCUGACAGGUUGGGAACCACUGAGUUAGACCCUGUGAAGCAAAAACUAAGCAAAGCCAUGGUUGAACUGUACAUAGUUUUAGCAGGUAAAGAUGUACUGAAACCCUCUCAGCUGUUUGGUGAGGAGGAAAGACUGCAGCAAAAAUUUAUUUUGUUUUGUUUUAUAAGUACGGCCGGUGUUAAUUACGCUGCCUGUGAGCUUGAGCACCUCCUCCUGCUAAUCACACCAGAGCUGAUCUUCCUCUGAGUUCUUUUCACUGUCUGUCCUCCCUCUAUACAAACAUAUUAAACUCCUCUCCUUCUCCCUGCAUCUUUGCUGUGACAGUUAUCCUUACAGUGCGCCUAGGGCCGAGGCCGCCUCCGCUGCAGCCGUCUGUGGCAGGCUCAUUAUCGCCGAGAACGAAGCUGAGGCAGAGAGAUCCUUUCUUUUCACACAUCUGUGUAUGUCAGCCUUUAAUGUGGCUCGAGAGUUUAUUUUGUUUUGGUCACAGAUUGCUCAAGGGGACAGCAUCCACACUGAGGAAAGACAGAGAGAGAAAGCGAAGCUUCUUUUAGUAUUUAAAUGAUGUUAGCUGAUAGCGAGGGUUUGUAAUAGUGAUUGUGUUGUAUGCAAGACAGAGUUAGUAUUUGUGAAAUAUACUUGUGUAUCAGCAGCAUUGUAUCAGAAAUCUGCCCGAGAUUAUUUAUUAUCAAGACUCCAGACAGUCACAAUAUCUCCUAAAGAUUUUUGCCAAACAGAGUGGAAAAUGAAUUUUAGGAUGCUGAGAUUGUUGGCAGCUGUUUGAUUGUUUGCAUUGUACCAUAACAAUAAUGGAGUAGUUGAAGGCAUAAGAUAUCAGACACCCUGUAUGAUAAAAGCUUAAUGUAAGCCUGUUCUUUUCCAUUGUAGGUUCAUCUGUGGAUGAUUUUCUUGGUUAACUGAUUGAUAGUUUGGUUUAUAUCAUGUCAAAAAAGUUGACAUAUUGAAGUUGACAUAUUAUUUUGUCAAACCAACAGAUCCAUAACUUCAAAAUAUUCAAUUGACUAUUAAAAAAAAUCAGAAAAAAUGUACAUUUGAAAAGCUGGAACUAGCACAUUUUGGGCAUAUGUGCUUUAAAUAUUAGUUGCCAAUCAAUUUUCUGUUGAUCGACUAAUCGAUAGAUCAGCAAUAGAUUAGUCUCUACACACUCUGAGAAAAGGAAAGAUAAGUGACACAUCUCUAUUUGAAGAAGCUGUAAAGUGUGUGGCAGUAUUUGUUUCUGUGAAGUAUAAAAAAGUGAAAUUGCUGAGUAUUUGUUUGGAAAACUUUCCAAUAAGAAGUACUAACUCAAGACCAGGUUUUAAAGCUGAAGUUAGUGGCUGAACUUUCUUUGUGGAAAGUAUUUGAAGACAGUUUUGUGUAUUUGAUCGCUUUGCGUUGCUGUCACCGAGAAGCAAGAAUGUAUGUGAUUGAUACUCUAUAAAAGAAGGGACAGGAGAUUUUGAAAGGGACAUUUGAAGUUUAAUUUUUAGCUCUUAAGGCGAUAGAGACUGUAGAUUCAAGCUGAGCUCUUGUACGUAUGAUUCCUGUGUUAAAUUGCCAUGACGUGGUCAGAUCUGAAUGCUCUGAUCAAUCUAUUACAUUGCAUUAUGUAUACAGAUACAGUACUAUACCAUUGAUGGAACUCUUUAUUUAUGUUCACUUUGUUUAGUAUCAGCACUGUGAUUAUAUGUAUUUCAUUCAAUUUACUUCACUUCUUUUUACAUGAUCAGUGUGUCUGGUAAAUAAACAAUACUGUCUUAUUAUUAUU